AUGGUAGUUAUCAUAUAUAUUGGAAUAUUUAUUAUUCAGUCUUUGGCUUGUGAAUGUUUACAUAAAAUUUCAGAAUUUCAUUGUACACAAUGUUCUGAAGGAUGUUUUCUUCAAUUACAAGAUAAUACAGAAACUGGUAUUCCUUCAUUAGUAUGUAGUCAAAGUGCCAAUGCAUUAGAAAAUUGUGAAGCUAGUGAUAGUAGUGUUUGUAUUAGAUGUAAAGCAGGGUAUAGAUUAAAUGGUAAUUUAUGUGAUAAAUGUAGGGAAGGAUGUAAUUAUUGUAAUUCUACACAUUGUUAUCAAUGUGGUAAAAAAGAGGAUGGUACACAACUUUAUCUUUCUACUGAUGAAAAGUCAUGUGUUGAUUGUUCAUUAUCGGAAAAUGAUGAGGCAUGUGGAAGAUGUCCAGCUGGAAAAUAUUUUGAUAUACAAAAUAAAGUUUGUACUGAAUGUAUGGAGAAUUGUGCACUAUGUACUGACCAAUAUAAUUGUUAUCAAUGUAAUAAUUAUAAAUUAUUAGAAAAGAAUGAUGGAACAGAAAAGAAUCCAGACAAAUGUAUUUCUAUUAAUAACUGUGCUGAUUUAAAAGAAGAUCAUUGUGAAAGAUGUAAUGAUGGAUAUAGAUUAGAAGCUGGUAAUUGUGUAGAAUGUAGUAGUCAUUGUAAAGUUUGUUAUAAAGAUAACAAUGAUAACCAAAAUCAUUGUACACAAUGUGAAAAAGACUUUGUUCUUUAUAAAGGAAAAUGUUCAAAGAAGGAUGCAAUAUUUUGUGAAGAAGGGUCUGAUACUUAUGGAUGUUUACAAUGUAUGCGUGGUUAUUUCUUUAAUUCUAAUUUAGAAUGUGAAAAAUGUAGUCCAGAAUGUGGAAGUUGUGUUAGUGAAGCUACACAUUGUCUUUCAUGUGCUGAUGAUUAUUAUUUUGAUAAUACAGCUUGUGUUAAGAAAGAUGAUAAUUGUGCUUUAGCUGAUCAAGCAGGAUGUAAAGAAUGUAAAAAUGAUUUAAGUGCUGAAGGACAGAAGACACGAGGUUAUUAUGUUCCAACUGGAAAGCAAAGAUGUGAAGAAUGUGCUGAACAUUGUAAAUUAUGUGAAGGAAAAGCAAAUCAUUGUACUGCAUGUACAACGAAUUAUACUCUUAAGAGAGUUAGUGGUGAUGAAUUAGAUGAAGAACACUCAGAAUGUGAGUAUAUGGAUGGUAAUUGUGUUUCAACAGAAAUGGGUUAUUGUACUGAAUGUAAACCAGGGUAUUUCAUUUCAUCAGAAAGUAGCUCACAACAAUGUAUUAGUUGUCAUAAGUCUUGUGCUACUUGUAAGAAUAGUAAUUCAUGUUUGUCAUGUAAUAACGACUAUUUCUUACCAAAAGAUUUUAAUAAUGAUAAAAAUGAAAGUUUGUGUAGACCAAAAAGUGAUAUUAAUAUGACAUGUCAAGCUGAUGCUAAUGGCUGUACAACUUGUAAUGAUGGAUAUUGGAUUAAUUUAGAUGAUGAAUCAGCAUAUAAUUGUAGUUUAUGUCCGUCUGAAUGUGAGACUUGUCAAUAUAGUUCAGCUAGUCAAAUGCCAAUUUGUACAUCAUGUCCUAGUGAUAAAGAAUAUGUUAAAAAUGGUAAAUGUGCUCCAUGUAAUGAAUUAAAGCAUUGUGCUACUUGUUCAGGAGAUAAAUGUGCUACAUGUGAAGAUGGAUAUAAGUUAGAUGCAGGAUCAAUGUCUUGUUCAAAAACCAAUUGGGCAUUAAUUAUUCCAUUAGUAAUAGUAGCUGUAAUUAUUAUUGUUAUACUUCUUCUUGUCCUUAUAGGUAUUAUUUGGUGGAGAAGAUCAAGAAGUGUUAAAGCAGAAACUGCAGCAAUUAAACCAUUCCACGUAUCAUCAGAUCUUGAGUUAAUUCUUCUUGAAGCAGAUAAUGAAAAAUUCCCAUUAAAAACAGAUAAAUGGGAAUUAACAUUUAAUUUGGCUAAAUCUAAAGCAAUUGUUGACCAAGAGUAUGAAGAGUCAGUUAAUUUAGCUAAUAUGUCAAAGAAAGAAUAUUAUUUUGAAUUCCAUUACACUCCAUCUCAUAGAUAUGAUUUAGAAAUUAAUCCAAAAAGUGCAACAUUAAAACCAGGAACUGCUAUUCAAGUUACAUUUAAGAUUAAAAUGUUAUGUACUGCUUCUGUUAGUGAUAAUAUUGGUAUUUCUGCUAUGGAUGUUGAUGAUCAAAAUAAAGAAACAGCUAAAUUUAAUAUUACUAUUGAAUCUGAUUUAUCAUUGAAAUUAGACCAUACUGAACUUAAACCAAUUAUGCCACCAAUUGGAGAAGGUGCUUUUGGUAUGGUAUUUAGAGGAACUUAUAGAGGAAGAGAAGUUGCUAUUAAAAAGAUGAAAGCAAGAAAUUUAACACAAGAACAAGAAAAAGAAUUUAAUCAUGAAGUAUCUAUGAUGACUCAAUUAAGACAAAAUUGUGUUGUAGAAUUGAUUGGAGCAGUAUAUACCGAAGGAGAAAUUGCUAUUGUUACAGAAUUUGCAGAAUAUGGAUCAUUAAGUAAGAUUUGGGGAAAACAAGUCAUUAGUUACCAAUUAAAAGUCAAAAUAUUAGAUGAUAUGGCUGUUGCAUUGUCUUAUCUUCAUCAAAAUUCAAUUAUUCAUAGAGAUGUUAAAGGUGAAAAUUUAUUAGUUUUCUCAUUAAAUCCUCGUUCACCAGUUUGUGCUAAAUUAACUGAUUUUGGUACUUGUAGAAAUAUUUCUGAAAGAAAUUUGAGUGCUAAAGAAUUAUCACAAGGUAUUGGAACACCUACUUAUAUGGCACCAGAAUGUCUUCAAAAUUCUACUGAUUAUUCAUAUCCAGUUGAUGUAUAUGCUUAUGGUAUUGUAUUAUAUGAAACAUAUGUAGAACAUAAUGCAUAUGAUGGAGAUGAAAGAUUUAAUCAACCAUGGAUGAUUCCACAAUUUGUUAUUGAAGGUAAUAGAUUAGAAAAACCUGAUGGUAUUCCAGAAAAUUAUUGGGAAUUAACAACUAAAUGUUGGUCUCAAAAUCCAGAAGAUAGACCUAAAUUUGUUGAUAUCUUAACUAUCAUAGAAUCUUGGGGUGAAGACAUUAGAUAUGCCCUUAAUGUUGAAGGAGAAAAGAAAAUGAAUGGAAGUGACAUAUCUUCUAAUUCUACCCCUUCUGUCCCUUCUAGUGUUCAAGAACAAUCUGUCCCCUCUGAAGAACAACAAACAGACCCUCUCCAACAAAACUCUCAAAAUGACUCUAUACAUAAUCCUUCUCAACCAGAAAAAAAUCAACCAGUGGCUUUGUCUUCAAGCUCUUCUAGCUCAUCCAGUGAAUAA